UGAACAAAAACGUUACCGCUCAGCGAGAAAUUUAAUUAUUUCUGCAUUUGACUGCGCAGCGGACACGUCCGUUAACAUUAUCCCGAACACUGGCCACCUCAGAGUGGAUCCAGUUUUUUAAGGAUGCAGGGAUCCCAGCCGGCCUCGCAGUGACUUACGCAGUCUCCUUUGUGGACAACAGAAUUAACAAGAACAUGUUGAUGGACCUCAGUAAAGACAUCAUGAUGGACCUUGGGAUCACAGUCAUUGGGGACAUUAUUGCCAUUCUUAAACAUGCCAAGCAAGUCUACAGACAGGACAUGUGCAAAAUGGCCACAGAAGCCAUCUCCUCAGGACAGACCAGUGUUAAAGCUGAGCUCAGAAGAACUGCCAAUACUCCUGCCACUCGUAUGAUUGCCAACGCUUUGAGCAAUGACUCCCCACCAGCCACUCCAGCCCGUCGACCUGACAACCGGCUCUCUGUCACAGUGUCUAAUAUGCAGGGGAACAAGAGCAGCAAAGCAGUUGUAAGUCAGCCAGCUGACGAGGGGAGCGGUUUGCAAGCAGUGAAGCGCCGACGUGUGACAGCUGAGAUGGAAGGCAAGUACAUCAUCAACAUGCCCAAAGGCACCACGCCUCGUACACGCCGCAUCCUGUCCCAGCAGGCCAAGAAAGGUUCGAAACGCACCUCUGUGUUUGCAAGACUCGGGGCUGAAUCAAAGGCAGACACAACAACGAGCACUAACAAGCCCACCGGAGUAUUCAGUCGACUGGAUAGAGGGGGGGAAGAGGACCAAAGGCCAAAGCCUGGCAAAAUGGCUGGGAACAUGGUGGUGGAAGACGAGGACGACAGCGACGGGGAAGGCUCUGUCCUCCAGUACGCUGGGGUUCUUAAGAGAGCCCCUCCCUCCCAGAGGAAAGAGCCAGCUACAAAACCUGCCCCAACCACCCUACGGCGCCUUGGAGGCAAAUUCAAACUACCUCCCUCUGACACUCCCACCUCUCCCUCCUCAUCAUCUUCUUCCCCUAAUGGUCUCCCCCCUGCCAAGAUUAGUGUGCUUCAGAGACUGGGCAAGCUCCCUGUCUCGCACCCGAGCACGGCCGUAUCAGCAACACCUGCUGACACACAGGACAACAGGGUGACAAGCACCCGGCCAAAGGCUCAGGAAAGACUGACCAUAGCAAGCCCCAAGGUAAGCAGCAGCACUGGGGCAGCUGUGGCAGCAGGGGGAGAGUCUGUGGGAGCCCAGAUGGACGUCAGGGCUAUCAGUGUUUUUAAAAGACUAGGCAACAAGAAAACCUAACACUCCCUGCCCCCAUCCUAAAGUUAUUCAGAAUCUUUCUAUCAACCUUUAUAGAAUUUGUAUAUCCACAUUUUUCCAUCUGUCCUGGUAACAUACCAGACUUCAGAUUUGAGAGUUUUUGUUGUUUUUUGGCCUGUGUAUAAGACAAAUUCAAAGCUGCUUAGUGGAAGACAAAUGUAAAUGUGUUUUUAAUUCAUUUUGUCCAUGCUGCCAUUGAAAAUCCCUUUUUUUUUAUUGUCUAAUCUUUUUAUUUGAGGAGUUAAAGCUCUCUGUAUAUCACGGUAUGUUGCUCAACCCAAAAGCUAUUCAUCGUGCUUGUUAGUCAUGUCUGCCAUAUGUCAUUUAAAAAUAUAUAUAUUUAGCUGUUCACGUGAGCUUAAGGCAUGAGCAUGACAUCAGCAUAGCUGUCAUAAUGUUUUUUUUGUUUUUUUUUACUUUUAGCUUUUAUGUCCACAUAUAAGGAUGGUGCUGCUGCACAAACUACCUUUUUGAGGGUCCUCCUGAAUGAAAA